AUAUUAUAUUUUUUCACAUUAAUUUAAGUGGUUGUUGACAGGGGCUUACGGUCUCCCACACACAUUUAGCGCGUCAACACGGUAUAUUUACUAUUUAAAUGAUUUGGCAUAUAAUGUUUUUUGACAGAAUUGUUUUUUUUUUCUUCUUCUUUUUUCAUCUCCAAAUUUUAAGAGGGGCGGCACACUAGCGCCCCCUAUGGACGAACCGCUACUGCGUAAUACUAUUGUGUUUGGAUGCAUCGCAGUAAUGCAUUGAUUUAGGUUAUUACUGUGUGUAUAAAGCCUCACAAGUGAAGUGCCUUUGGACUCAAUCAGGGAUAGUUGUGUUUAUUGAUCUAGUAAAUAAGUCUAAAGCAGGAGCACUUUAGCAGAUUAACCAAAAUAAAUUAUGAAACAAAGUACCACACAAAUAGAUUGCUUACAAAUGUAUUGACAUCCAGUUAUUUUGAUCAGGUAAGAAUAUACUGGUAUAAUUCUGUAUAUUUUCCUAAACUGAGGUCUUAUACUGAAAUAGCCAAAUACUAAUUUACCACUGAUUAUUUUUAUUAAUAAUUAAUCUGCUGAUUAUUUUCAAAAUGUUUGUUUGAGAAAAUCUCACUAUUUAUUCCAUAGUUUGAAUUAUCUUUUUCAGAUGACUCGUUUUGUCAGACCGAUGGUUAGAAAUCCAAAUAUAUUUUAUUUUAGUCACAUAGAAGACAAAGAGAGCAGCAGGUGAGAUCAUUUGAAGAGGAACAAAUCUAUUGUCAUGACAGUUGGUUUCCCAGCGACAUAACGCUAAUUAUAAAUAAAUAAACUCUGAUGAUUCAUUUUGUCGCCGCAGAAAUAACAAUAUGAUUAAUUUUAUGCUGCACAUCCAGAUCCAACACUCCUCAUUCAUCUUUUUCUUCUUUCACUUCACAGGUGAAGUCUUCCUGAACAAACCUCCCGAAAAUGGCCCUUUUCUGACAUUUGUUUAUACUUUUUAAGUCUUCAGUUUUUAUAUAAUUUCCGACAUUUUAGAGGGGACGCGUUGCCACGAUGACGGUCACGUACAACCUCUGCACCCUCCUAGUUUUCACCCUCACAGCGUGCAGCCGCUUUGAGCCGGCCCUCUGCUCCGCUCGCUGUGGGCAUUCCCUUCAAGUCUUGGACAGCAAAGUGGGGGAGAUCCAGAGCUCUGCUUACCGCAGCUGGUCCUACCGCUUCGGCUCCACCUUCGACUGCUGGGUCAUCACGGGUUCGGAAGAAGAACCCAUCGUUCUCAGCUUUUCACAGUUUUCAGCGCUGUGCGGUCGGAAGGAAUGGGUGUCUAUAAAGUCUUCAGCGGGCAGAGAGCCGGUCGUCCUCUGUGGCUCCAAGUUGCCGCAACCGAUGGAGUUCUCUGGGGGAAAUAUCACAGUGAUGCACCACUUCUUCCCGCACCAGUUCCCCGUGUCGUCCUUUCUGUUGAACUACGCCAGAGACUCUGGUGAAUGUCCAGCAGCGUCCUUCAAGUGCCAGGGUGGCCGCUGCCUUCCUUUGUCUUGGCGCUGCAACGGCCAGGUGGAGUGUCUCGGGGAAGGCUCCGAUGAACAGGGCUGCGAUGCGGAAGCGGAGACGCCCGCGCCCCCAAAGCACGGCUUCACGCCGGCGGAAGGAGCCAAGGCACGGGCGUCCUCGGAGAAGAACCUCGACGGGGACUCUGAGAGGCGUUACGCGACGGAUUCUGAAUCUGAUCUGUGGGCGCUGCUGAAGGAGAGGGACGAGGUGGCUCGAGAGCAGGCUCGCCGGCAGCUCGUUGUGACGCCCGUGCCCAUCGAGUGGCCCUGCGGGGGCCUCCUCCAGACCUUCUAUGGCACCUUCUCCCCUCCAGCCACCCGGGGCCCUGCGCUGUUCUGUGUCUGGACUGUGGACCCUGAGGACUCGAGGCCUCUGAGACUGGACCUGCAGCAGCUGGGGCUGGGACGCGGGGAUAGACUCACCGUGUACAACAAGGAGCAAGGCAAAGGAGACGUCAUCAGAAUUAUCACCAGCGCGUCCAAUUACAGAUCGAUCCAGGUGGAAUCCCACACCGGCCUCCUGUCGAUGAAGUACGAGACCCUUCCCGGCUCGGAGGGGAGCGGCUUCAACGCCACGUUCCACGUCGGGACCUACUGCCCCCCGUGGGAGGGCCGCUGUGGCGGAGCGGCGGGCGGAUGCUUCACCCAGGAGCAACGCUGCGACGGGAAAUGGGACUGUCCCGAGACGGGGAAGGACGAGGAGGGCUGCAGGGGAUGCGGUUUGAACCAGUUCACCUGCGGGGUGGCGGGGCAGCGGGCCGUGCCUUCCAGCCACUUCGCCGGCAGACCGGUGUGCUACCCGGUCACGGAGCGGUGCAACUACCAGCUGUACUGCGCCGACGGCAGCGACGAGCGGGACUGCACCGUGUGCCAGCCGGGGACCUUUCACUGCGACAGCGACAGGUGUGUGUUCGAGAGCUGGCGCUGCGACGGCCAGGUGGACUGCAAGGACGGAACGGACGAGCUCAACUGCAGCGUCAUCCUGCCCCGCAAGGUCAUCACCGCGGCAACGGUGGGCAGCCUCGUCUGCGGGCUUCUGCUGGUCAUCGCCAUGGGCUGCACCUGUAAACUGUACUCGCUCAGGACCAGGGAGUACAGCUUGUUUGCACCAAUCAGCCGCCAGGAAGCGGCGCUGAUCCAGCAGCAGGCUCCUCCCUCCUACGGUCAGCUGAUUGCGCAGGGCAUCAUCCCGCCGGUGGAGGACUUCCCGACAGAAAACCCCAAUGAGACGUCGUCUCUUUCUCUGAGGGGAAUUCUCCAGCUCCUCCGCCAGGACGCCACCAACUCCCCGCACCGCCGGCGCCGGCCCCGAUUCAUCCGCCGGGCCGUUCGCCGCAUGAGGAGGUGGGGCCUGAUCCCCAGACCUCCGUCCAGGCCGAGUCAGCCGGCGAGCUCCGACGAGCAGUCGGACGCCGCUCCGCCCGGGCAGGAGCCGCCUCGCUCCGCCCCCACCGGCUCCUCGUCGGCCGUGGAGGCGGUCAACCAGCCGGUGCCGCAGAAACUCGGCUUGUCGGCUCAGUCGGAGCAGCGGCAGGAAGCGCCGCUGCCGCCUCCCGCUUCCCCUCCUCCACCUCCGUACGCUCCGCCGGCUCCCAGCCCGGUCGCCCCUCACUCUCCUCCGGUCUCCGUGCCCCCGAGCAGCCCCUCUCUGGCCUCCAUCUUCCACACGCUGGGCCUGAGCAUCUCCCUCUUCAGGGCGUCGCCCUCUUCCUCCUUCACCAACUCCAUGCCCCUCUCGGCCUCCCCGUCUUUCUCCUCGUCCUCCUCGGACGACGAGGUGCUGCUGAUCCCCCUGUCCGAGGACGCCGCGUCGGAGGACGACGUGCCCAUGCUCACCUGAAUGACUUCCUCGCCCCACCCCCGGUAACCCCACCCCCUCUUCUUCACACACUGAUAAAAACUGAAACCCAGUCUUUCCACGGUUUUGAUUGAACUUGAAGCACAGGAGUGUCCCCCGGCGAGACUCGCCCGCACUGAGCAAGUCUGGUGCCUUUGGGAAAUAGCUUUGAGUUGGAUUUGUCGAUGUAUGGAAUCAAGUAUUUUACCUUUUUUCUUCUUUUUAAAAAAACAACCCACCUUGAAAUAGUCCCAGUUUUAGAUGAAACGCAUGGGUGACGUACGUUUGAGAUGUAGGCGAGUAUCGGACACUCACUUCACGCUAGUCUGCACAUAUGAAGGUAAACUUUUGCACAGGUGAAUCUUCCCGAUCCAGAAACUGAGGCGGGCGACUGGCCGAUUUGAAUGAUUUGAGUUUUUAGAGAACGUGAUGGAAAGUAUGUGUGUGACUGCAAACCGUGUGAAUGCAUUUGCAUUUUAGUCUUACGUUGACAGUGGAGUAUGUUCGUAUAUGUGGAUUGUCUCCACGUAUUUCUGCCACUCGCAUCCAGUCUCGUGUUUAAUCACAGCUAAUCCCAAUCAGAAGAUAAUAAAUCUCCCCUAUUUAAGUGCCUUUUUUGAGGAGUUUCCUGUCGACGGUUCCCUAAACACACACACACACACACACUGCAAACCAAAACACACGCAGGAGGCACAUGUUAGCUCACAUCAUAGCCCGCACCGACACAACAGUGAUUUUAUUAUAACGUGAACAGAAAUGCAUGAACUCUGCAAGCUGGCAAUAACUUUUUCGGGACCUGUAUUUUAGUGCACACUGAUUGCAACACACUGUGUUCUGAGUACACACACACACACACACACACAAGUGAAUGUAUGUAAUCUGUAAAAGCAAACGUGUCAAAAGACAAUCUCGUCUGUCUGAGUGUGUGUGUGUGUGUGUGUGUGUGCCCUCGUGACGAAAGGGGCCCUGAAUUCACUAAAUAACUUGACUUUAGCCCUCGAGGGGAAUCGAUUGCAUUCUGUCACAUUUUGACACAACAGACUUGUGCUGUGCCAUUUGUAUUGUACAUUUUAUGGUGUGUGUGUUUUUUAUUUCAGCAAGUUACUUUUUUUUUGUAAAGCCGUUUUGCUUUGUUGAAUGUAUUUGGGUCGAUGUCGGACGUUUUAAAUACGCAAUUUAAUAAGGUUAAAUAAGAGAGAAAGUGAUUUUAUGGUUUAUUACGGUCAACUUCACUGUAUAUAAGUAACAAAAUGUGGCUGAGAUUAAACAAUUUGCACUUUUA